UUAUCCUUCUGUGUAUUUUAACCUCGUGUCUGCCUCUGUUAGUUGCUGGUUCGUCUGCGUUAUUUGGUACGUUAUGGUCUGCGUCUCUCCGUCCGUCAUUCUGUGUAUUUCCCCGUGCCUCCCUGCAUCUCUGUUUCUGUUAGUUUUUCCCAGUUCAGGUUUUCUUAGUUUUACGCUCAUCCUCGCCAUCUCUGUUGGAUUUACUUUUGGGUAAUAAACUCACUUGCACCAGAGCUGCCGCAUCUUGGGUCCUUAAUAAUUCACACACGGCUUGCCCCGGCAAUCCGUGACAUUAAGUGAAGCCAUGUUGAGAAGAAGUGAAAGACUUCAGUCUGUGGGCUGUUACAGCAGAGAAGGAGAGCCGAUAAUCUCCUACAAGGAGACUUUAUACACAAUUUUCAAAAGCCGACGGCUCCGUCCUCGUCCUGGCCCCGACACUGCUGACCACGACGACGUUGAUUCUGACUACACUAUAGUCAGUGACAGCAGCAGAGGCCUCUUUGGAGCCACCAAGGCAUUGGGACUUUUGGUCCUCAUGCUGGCGUUGUGUUUUGGAUUGAUUUUCGGUAUUGGAGGGCCCAAAAUGGACUUUUCCACCCCGUUCAUGAGUAAGUUGCAGUACUUAAUGAGCGAACAUGAACAGGUGGAAAGGCAGUUACAACAGCUGCAAAGGGAGUUCAUGGACAUUAAAAAAAGGAUGGACUUCCUUCUUCCAGUUGGGGACAGGAUGCCCAACUUUGCUCUGGAGGGACUGGGAGCAAAGAUUGUAAAAGAACAGUCUUCAGCAUCCUACCUUCCAGAACAGUCUGGAUUGAAGCUGUGGGGGCUUACAUUAAUACCUGCAAAACCACUAUGUGUAAGACCAAGAGUGGUUAUUCAGGGUCGAGCACCCAUGGUCCCAGGAGUGUGUUGGAGUUUUGCAGGCUCCCAGGGACAUUUAACAGUUGAGCUCUCCCACAGCAUCACGAUCAGUCAUGUGACACUGGGUCAUAUUUCUAAGAUGGUGUCACCAUCUGGAAAGAUCUCCAGUGCUCCCAGGAUGUUUUCAGUGUUUGGAAAGAGAGCGUUAGGCGACAGUGGUGUCCACCUGGGAACAUUUCUAUAUGAUGAAAAUGGAGAUCCACUGCAGACAUUCAGGAUACCCGACCACAAAGUAGAUGUCAUCCGCUACGUCACGCUGCAUGUGUUGAACAACUUGGGCAACCACAAGUAUUCCUGUCUGUACAGCUUCGGAGUUCAUGGAAAGCUGACAUAACCAGCUUCCCAUGAACUCCAAAUAUAUAAGAAAAGAGAGGGAAAAUGUGACAGUGAAUCAGACUCCAAACAUAUUGAAAUAAUUGCAUUAGAAAACAAUGUCCAUUUAACCCCAUUUUUUUCCAGCGAACAUCCAUCCUACCAGGUAAGACGUGUCUGAUUAAGAUGUUUGCAGUCUGAUUCACCUCACCCCCAACCAGCCAUGGCAGAGGACUUGCCCCUCCCUGAGCCUGGCUCUGCUGGAGGUUUCUUCCUGUUAAAAGGGAGUUUUUCCUCCCCACUGUUGCCAAGUGCUUGCUCAAAGGAGAUCAUCUGAUUGUUGGGGUUUUCCAUCUCUUAUACUGUAGGGUUUUUACUUUACAUAUACAGUGCUUAACAAAUUUAUUACAACACCCGUCAUAAAAAUAAGAACACUCCAAAUUUCUUAAACCUGUAAUUCUGGUCUACUGGUUUUGUUAAGCACUGUGUUAUUGUGAAUUGGCCCUACAUAACAUGAACUCAUUUGGACUGAAUUACAUUUUUUGUAAAACAAAACAAUUCUCUAAAUUUUCUCCUCUGAAAAUUUUGAGAUAUUUUUAAAACAACAUCAAUAAAAUUUUAAGAAGAUAUUUUUCAUGUUUUCUGUUAUUCUUAAUUGUCUGUGUAUAUUAAACAAGCGCGAUAACACUAUGGCCACAGGAUUUAAAAUUUGAAAAUGAACAUUACUUUUUUACUUUUAGGGGUUUUAAAGUCCAUGUUGCUGUGCUGUGAGCCUUCACUGUGAUGAAGGAUUUGAGGUUUAGUGAUUUAACUUCUGCUUUAACCGUGUGUUGUCAUUGAUACAAAGGUAGCUUACGUCUUACCCUGGUACCAUCAUUGUCGGUAUCAGUAACUGUGUCAUGGUCCCUGUGUCUGCCCGGUCGGCCCAGUGUGGCUACAUGUGUUUUUGUCUCUCUCUCUCUCUCUCUCUCUCUCUCUCUCUCUCUCUCUCUCUCUCUCUCUCUCUCUCUCUCACAUACAUACAUACAUACAUACAUACAUACAUACAUAUCUAUCGCUCUGCCUGGGCGGAGCUCACCUCGGCCUCCCGCCUUUGGUCCACGCACCUGCAACUAAUUACUCACCUGUGGUUCAUCGUCCUGUUUGCCGGCCACUUCUUAAGGAGUGGCUCUGAGCUCCUCGUCGCUGGACUAUUGAGUAACACACGUUAGUCUAAUCCCGGCUUCAUGAAUUUUGGAGAUUCUUUGUGCGUUUCUGGUUGUGAUCAUCUCGUCUCAGUGUGUCCAGAAUCGCCCGGACCCGUCCUGUAACCCUGUAGCUUGGAAACCUGAGCAUGAGUGUGGGAAGUUUGACGUGGUAUGUGUGGAAGAGGAAUUUCCCGAGUGGAGCGAGCGAGCUGGAAGUGGAGCGUGUGGAG